AUCUGUUAUACAGAUGCCAAGAAUGGAAGAAACCUGUUUACUGCUCAUCCUGCUGCUCUCAGGAGGACUUUCCACUCUUCCUCCCCACUCCAGAGAAUACCACUUUGUGAACCAGCUGAUGACCUGGACUGAAGCUCAGAGUUACUGCAGAGAACACUUCACUGACUUGGUCACCAUCUACAACAGCAACAUCAACCAACUGCUUUUCUCAAUUUCACCAAGGAUCAAUACUUGGGCUUGGAUAGGGCUCUAUGAUGAUCGUUACAGCUGGAAGUGGUCCAUGGAGGGAAAACUUUUUUAUGUUGGCAGCACACAUGAAUUUUGAUCUGGGCUAACGGCCAACCAGACUGUGUAAAUGCAAAGGAAUACUGUGUGGCUCUUCAGGGACAAACACAGAUGGAUGAUAGACCCUGUGGAGAUUCUUACCCUUUCCUGUGUUACAAUGCCAAAAACACAAGUUACAUCUUAGUGAUGGAGAGCCGCUCCUGGUCAGCGGCUCAGUCGUACUGCAGGACAUACCACACAGACCUGACCAGUAUAAGAAGCAAAGAGGAGAAAUCCAACAUCACGCUCACUUUGAAUGGAUCAGGGGUUCAGUAUGUGUGGAUUGGCCUCUACAGGGAUCCCUGGGCCUUCUGGUCUGACAACACAACCUCCACAUUCACUAACUGGAUGUCUUCUGAGCCUAACAAUGGAAAUUCAAUUGAGUACUGUGGAGAUUUGAAUUUACUGACAGGGGAAUGGUAUGAUUGCUACUGUGAUGUCAGACUCUCUUUUUUCUGUUUCACAGCAGUGACAAAGCAAACAGUGGUGAAAAUGAAGCUUCAGUCAGAGGCAGACAUGCACAGCACAGAGAUCCAGCAGCAGGUUUCACAGCAGCUGUCAGGCCUCAUGCUGUCAGAAGGACUGACAGACUUCAGGAUUCGUUGGAGGAAAGUCCAGAGUUACCGUGACGACCAGUCGAAGAAGCAGGAUGUGGACGGUGACUGCAAAACUGAAGUCUGACUGGACUGAACCACUUCAUGUGUGAAGUUAAUAACAUGCUGUGCUGAGCUGUCUCAUCCUUUGAAUCUUUCAAUAUUUCAGAGUGUAAAGUUCCACCAACAGCUCAUUUGUUCAGCUGCAGUUGUAGUUUGGUAGAAAUUCUUUAAUCAGAGGUCCACUCACUAGUUUUCCUGAUAGGCUCUAGUCUCUUGUUUUGUUUUGCAGUGUCUCUUUCAA